UCCGCCAUGGAAGGGGCUGUUUGCAUUUCACGCCCGGACCGGUACCAUUGCAGAUGGCUGCACUCCAGAUUAUGGUGUCAGCCGUUCUGGCUUCUGUGGCAGCAGCAGCGCCGCAGGGUCUGUCUCAAAAGUACCUCCCCCCUCCCGAGGUGUACCUCCCCCCUCCCGAGACUUACCUUCCUCCCCCAACACCGCCCAGCUCCGAGUACUUGCCACCCAGCGCUGAGAUCGAGUCUCCAGGCGGUACCGGCUCAGGGGAAGACAUCGAAGACAUCGCUGAAUUUGUGGUCAGUAACGCUGGACAGGGGCUGGACAGUGGGCAGGGUGGCCUGCCCGGUCUGCCUGAAGGGCUAGACAGUGAGCAGGGCGGCCUGUUCGGCCUGUCUGUAGGCGGUCAGGACGGAGUGCAGGGCCUCUUCACCGAAGGCUCCCCGGACAGCGGGCAGUCCGACAUGUCCAGCGGCAGCCAGACCGACCAAACCGGACAGUUCGACGACGGCCAGUACCAGCCGGCCGGACAGUACGACGACGGGCAGUACCGGCCGGGAGCGUACAACACUGGCCAGUACAGUGCGACAGACCAGGGCGCCGGCAACAGUGGACAGUACCGGCCAGUCGGGGAUGAUGGCAGCUACCGGCCUGAGGAGCACGUCACGUUCCCACCGAUCGAGGACUUCGAGUUCGCGUACGCCGUCAAAGACGACGCCUCCGGCAACGACUACGCCGUAAACGAGAGCAACAAGGGAGGCGCAUACCGGGUCAAGUUGCCCGACGGUCGGUACCAGAUCGUGCAAUACGUCAUCGACUCGAGGGGCAUCUACCGCACCAAGAUCAGCUACAUCCAGGCGGACGGAUCGCAGUGAGACGGCUGCAGUGUUGUCUACCGAGAGAAGCACGAAACAGAGGUCCCGCGUCCACCGCACUGUGGCGCUGCGAUCGCGAACGGGAGUGCCAGUUGGUCUGCUUUGCAGUGUGAAAGAGAACAAGCGGCACCUUGUCUGGGCAUGUGUGCAUGGCUGAACAAUGCCGCGUCAUGGCUAAACAAGGCCGCGUCAAGAUGUCGCUGCCAAGAGCAUCGUCGCUCGCCGCUCAAACUCAUUCAUAUGCCGUAAGUUUUUGUAUCUAAUUUAUUAGACUGGUGUGUCAGGGACGAGCCCGGGCGUCAGAUCCGCGGCAGCCAAGGUGUCCAUCCGUCAUGGGAUUUACGGAGACAGCCUGCUGUCAGCUGACCUCCAGAAUCCUCCCCGACGCCGGCCCGUCGAGCAGCACACCGUCGCGCGGCCUCAGCCGGAGGGCGCCGAUCAUUACGAAAGCGGCGUGGGCGCGCCGCUGACGGAUAGCGGCUGACAAUAGCGGUCAAUGGCUGCCGAGCGGUGAUUGCCAAUCCAUGUUUUCUGUUAUGGUACGUGAGCAUAAU